GGGCCGUUAGAGAGGGUGGGGGCUGUGGCCUGCGGAGCUCUCAAGGGAGACGCCAGCCUGUGACAGCCAUGGGGCCCAGGGUGGGAGGCCGGGACUGCCUGCUGCUGGCUGUGACAACUGCCCUGGUGCUGCCCAUGAGGCCCCCAGCCCAGCCAGCACCUAAGCGGUCUCCAUCAGCCCUUCUCCCCGGCCCACCCCUGCCUGCGAGCUCCUGGGGGGCACGGAUCAUCGGGGGCCACGAGGUGACCCCCCAUUCCCGACCCUACAUGGCGUCCGUGAACUUCGAGGGCCAGCACCACUGUGGGGGCUUCCUGCUGCGGCCGCGCUGGGUCAUCUCAGCUGCCCACUGCUUCAGCCACCGAGACCCCCACAUGGGCCUGGUGGUGCUGGGGGCCCACGCCCUGAACACAUCAGAGGCCACACAGCAGGUGUUCAGCAUCUCGGCUGCUGUCACACAUCCCGACUACCAGCCCACGACUCAUGCCAGUGACAUCUGUCUGCUACAGCUGAACCGCUCCGCCGUCUUGGGUCCCGCAGUGGGGCUGCUGAGGCUGCCGCGGAGGGGUGCCAGGCCUCUCAGGGCCGGGACACGGUGCAAGGUGGCCGGCUGGGGCUCCGUGUCCGACUUUGAGGAGCCACCACCUGGGCUGAUGGAGGCCGAGGUCUGCGUGCUGGGCCUGGACGUCUGCAACAGCUCCUGGAGGGGGCAGCUGAGCCCUGCCAUGCUCUGCACCCGCAGUGAGGACCGCCAGCGGCGUGGCUUCUGCUCGGCGGACUCUGGGGGACCCCUGGUGUGCAGAAAUCGGGCUCACGGACUUGUCUCCUUCUCUGGCCUCUGGUGCGGUGACCCCAAGACCCCCGACGUGUACACGCAAGUGUCGGCCUUCGUGACCUGGAUCUGGGAUGUGGUUCAACAGGGCUCGCACGGCCGCUAGCCCAGCCCCGACCCAGGACCACCUGGCUCCCUGCAGGAGUGGCCUGAACCACAGCAGCACUGAGUACACAAAUGAGAGGGCUAAUGAUGCAAAUAGCUCUGGCCUGGAAAAUUCCAUGGCUGGGGCAGAGGGUCCAUGGGGUCCGCAAACCCUGAGAAGCCUGGUGGUGGGGGGGCGAGUUUGGGGGGCAUUAGUUCCAAACAAAAAGGGCAAGAUAACCAAAUAAAAUGUUAACUAACUAA